GUCCGUUAUAACGUUGCUAUGAAGCAUUGAUUUUUUCAAAAGCCCUCGGAGGCAUAGGAAACUCCACGAUAGAACAAAGUUUCCUUUCCCCCUGUCUCCUCUAUUGUACAGUAUACAUGGUUCCUUCUGCCGCUUGAUCGGCCACGAGGUCGACCAGACUGCACAUUGACACCUCGAGAGCUUCGUCGGCGAUAACUUUCUUGGCUGCGCCUGUGGGCUGACCAGAUAUGCAAGGAUCCUUUUUUUUUUCUCUCAUCCUUCCUUCCCGCGUGAGGAGCAAUACGAAGCUUGACCAGUGAGAUGUAGCCAAGCUUACCAAUUUGUCUAAGCGUUUAUUUGCGGCGCAGGCUGAUGAAGGUAAGCGACAUACUCUUGGCUUCGGCAAGUCAAAAUCUCGAAUGGCAUUUUCCCGCAUUGGACGUUGGCGGCGGAAAGCCUCGCCAGCCUCACGAGAUUGCUUUCUCGAGGCACCAGACGGGCAAGGUUCACCGUGUAGCCUAAAUAUGUUCGCCCCUGCGAGGCACAUCAAUAAGGGAGAGAGAAAACAAGUAUAAAAGCUGCUCUUAGAACCUGCUUUAGCUCUUGAAUUCGAUACCUGCUUUAACAGACUCCUCACUCAAGUUUUCACACAUACACGAACAAACAACAACUUCAACGCACGUGUGUUUUGUUUCUUCAGGACCAUCCAAAUCUACCUUCAACAUGAAGCUCCUCAACAUCCUCCUCAUGACGGCGCUCCAAGUCAGCUGCGGACUGGCUACUCCCGUCGACGCUGCCUCCGAGCAGUGCGGUGCCUUGGGCGUCAUGGAGGUUGACACCUCCAAGAUCCCUGAUGGUGUUGACCGUGGAGACAUCCGCAAGUGUGCCGAGCACCCCGUUGCGGGAUCUCCGAACCCCCUCUCCAAGCGCGACUGCUGGUACGGCAAGAGCUCUGGCUGCUCCAAGGGCUACUGCUGGAAGACGUGCGGUGGCACGGGACAGUGGUGCUGGACUGCUUUCAACGACGGAUACGGCAACUGGAUCGGGUGCCAAAACGACGGCCAGUGCAACACCAACCAGGCUUGUGGCAUCGGAAACUGCAAGACCUGCGGAUGCAGCUGCUAAGCAAUC